AUGUCCAAUCAGCUCUUGAACUGUAUAGUCUGUCAAGAGAAGGCAAAGCUAAUCUGUUUUUGCUCAAAUAUUUCUCUAUGUGAAAAAUGUAUUGGAAAGCACCUCUUAGAUAAUCCAUCAAUAUCCCACAAACCAGUUCCUUUAACUCCCCCCCCCCUUUAAAUUGGAACUAAAAAUUUUGUUCCAAUUUAAAGGGGGGUUAAUUUUUUUUUUAAAAAAAAAUAUCAAUAUAAAAUUUUUUAUAAAAAAUAUAUAAAAAUUUUAAAAAAUAAAAAUUUCAAAAACUUAUCGAAUUAGAUUAAUAAAUUUGUUUAAUAAAACGCUAUUUACUCUUUAUCCUUUAAAACAAAGCAAGAAUAACUAAAUUUUCAUUAUUAGUUAAUACGCCACUAUUAAUUGGUAUCAAAAUUAUUUACACAAAAAUUUUUAUUUUUAUUGAUAAAAAAAAUUAAAAAAAAAAAAAAUUUGGAAAAUUUAUCGAUCAAAGUGCUAAUUUUGUUUAAAUAAGAUGUUAUUUAUACUCUAUUCUUUAAAAUAAAGCAAGAAAUAAGUAAAUUUUGAAAUUUUAUAAAGAAUUCCUAUUGAAUUUAUAUCAAAACUAUCUAAAUAAAAAAUAUCAUUUUUAUCAAAAAAAACAAAAAUUUUUUUGAAAAUUUUUAAAAACAAAAAUUAAUUUUUUUAAAAUUUACCAAUUAAGGAUAAUCAAUUUAUUUAAAUAAGAUGCUCUUUAUACUUUUUUCUUUAAAAAAGAUCAAAUUUUUAAUUUUAGUUAAGAAGAAACAUUUAACUUAUAUCAAACUUUUUAGAUAAAAAUUAUAUAUAAUUUUUUUAUUAUAAAAUUAAAUUUUGUUCCAAUUUAAAGGGGGGUUAAUUUACCAAAAAGUGGAAAUUUUACCGAUAUUUUGUUCCAAUUUAAAGGGGGGAGUAAGUGAUUUAUCUUUAUCCCCAAAAUAUACUCAAAACCUUGAAGAUUUAAAUAAAGAAGAAGAAAAAUUCCUACGAAUCGCCACACAUCAGCAAGAAGUAAUCAACGCAAUUCAAUCAAAACUCGCAAAUGAGAUUCUUGAGCUUGAUGAAUUUAAAAAUAUUUCAUUGCAAGUUAUAGCUGAGUUUAUUAAAAGUGUGCAGAGAGAAGUGGCAGAUGCCUCAAAAUUUAUCAAUAAUUUUGUUAAUGAAAAAUGCAAUGAUGCACAAAAGGAAUUAAGAAAUGCAUUAGUGCUGUUAAAGCUUUCACAUGAUUCAAAUCAUCCCAUUUUGAGCUUGCUGUUAAGGUGCAAGUCAGUGGAAGAGGUAAGAAAUAUAGAUAUUACGAAGAAAGACCUAAAAUUUAAAGAGCUGGGGAUCAAAGAUAGUGUGAAAGAUGCGGUUUAUUUUUGUUUUGAUAUAUUGAAGGAUAACACUAUUAUGGCAAAUAGACUUCCUCAAGCGCAUCCUGGCGAUAACGCUGAUAAGCAUAACUCUACUUCAGUUAAUAAUGAGCAUAAAAAUUAAGCAAUUCGCAAUAAUAUGGUUUGCUUUUCAAAAUAAAACAUCUCAUAUAAUUUCUCUUGAAAAAUUAGAAGUAUAUAAAUUUUGAAUUAUUUACAAAUAAAAAAACAAAUAUGCUCAAUAUUAAUUGGAGAAGUGAGCCAAUUAGAAAAUCAAAAAUCGCUGUCCCAGGCUCCAGACUUGAAAAAAAUGGGAAAGAAGCAUCGCCUAUUAGGCUAGAAAGAGCACUAUCUGAUAACGCAGUAGAAAGACUUUCGUUUUCAUCAACCAAUGGAGUACCCCGGAAAGCAAUACCAGUGCCAGUUAUACAAAGUGUGAAAGCAGAAAACAUCGACUCUCAUGAUGCUUCUUUAAAAAGGCACCAUUCCAGAGACAUUCUUGUUAUUUCACACAGUAAAACCGUUCCUUCUUCAAAAAAUCCUUUUAGAGAGUCAAGAUCCUCAGUUGCCGAAUCUCCUUCAAGAAAACUAAAUCUCUCCUUAAGAUCAUCAAAAAGCAUAGAACUAGGUGUGCUUAAAGGCCGCCUCUCAGUAGAUCCCCGAAUGCAACAAAUCUCCUCAUUUCAAAAAUCCCGAAGUUCUGACCCUCUUCCUCCAUCUCUCUAUUGUUUUAUCCCUGAAUCCUCAAGACUGAUUAUUUACAACACAUCUACAAAAGACUCAGAAGAAAUUAUUUUUGAAAAUGACAUUUUUUAUUCUAAAAGCUCUUGGGGUGUCAGCGAAGACGGGAAAUUAAUCCUUACUGGAGGCUACGACGGAAAUGCUUUAAAACAUACAUUUAUGUAUAACUUAUAUGACAAAUUUACAGAAAAAGUGCCAAAUUUGAUGCAGGCACGAUAUAAUCAUGCACAAGUGGCAUUAGGAAACUAUGUAUAUGCUCUUGGGGGAUUUAAUACAAAUCCAAUGAAGGAUUGUGAAAGAUUGAACCUUAAUACUAAAAAGUGGCAAAAAACAGGCAAUUUGAAUAUUGCAAGAGACUGUCAUGCAGCAUGCGUUCAUAGUGGACGAAUUUUUGUGGCUGGAGGAAGCGGGAUCGACUCCAUUGAAGCUUUUAAUGCUGUUAGUGAAAAGUUUUCAUUAAUUAGAGUCAGAUUAUCAGUUCCAGGAAGAUGCUGCAUGUUUCCUCACAAUAAAACAAUCCUGCUCUUUCAAAGGAAAAAAGCAAUUCGCUUAUGCCCCACAAGCAUGUCUUGUACCGAAAUCUCCACAAUCCAAGAAGCUGAGUGAUGAACUCCAGGAGACCCUGUCAUUACUGAUGAGUAUGUAUAUUUUAUUACACAGUUCAAUGCAUUUAAAUUCCAAUCUGAAACUGGAAUAAUUGAGCUUGAGUACACGUUUAAUUUAUAA